AUGGAAUUCCAUGGAAUAUGCCUUGGAAUUCCAUGGAAGUUGCGGAAAAUCUACAUUAGGGUCUGGCGAUUGAUCCUGAAGCUGAUUCUGACAGACGAUUGCAUCAUCACAAUAUUAAAGGUUCAAUAUACAGUCAGCCUCUCAUCAGAAAAAAUCCAAAGAUCCAAGGCUUGCUUCAAAGUUAAGAGACCAUUCUGUGCCACAAAGAAAUUGUUUAGGAAGGGGAGAACUGGUGGAUUUGCAUUUUUGGUACAGUUCAAAGAGAUUUUCAAAAUGGUCAGAUCAGAGGGAGGACAACUGAAAAUAAUGGAGAUACAGAAGGAAAAAGAACAAGGAAAUAUAUGAAAUAAUUAUGAAAUGGGAGGAUGUACACAAUUUUGUCUGAAUUUGACCUGUAAAGAUUUUCCAUUCUUAUUUGUAUGCUGGAAUAUCAAAUAACUU